AGCUCUAUGGCUCUCCAGCUCCCCCAGCGCACCCAGCGCAUGUCUUGCAUGUGGUGGAUUUGGGUAGUGAUCAGUUGGCUCUACAAUCGCUAUCGCUACCCUUUUUCCUUGCGGCCGCGAUUACAGUGUGCGCUUUUCUUUCGUGCUAGCACAUUUUAAUGCUCGAAAUAAUUGGCGUCGAAAUGUGGUGAGCCCCUUCGUCGAGCGGACGGUGUGCGGUCGAGGCUGCGUUGUGAACCUGGUCCGGAUUCGUGCGCCCUAGUCGCCGUGCGGAGCGGCCGACGCGCCGGAACGAGCAAUGGAGAACGCCAAAGACGUUGAGUCAUGCGACGAAGGCGUUCACAGCCCUUCCAACGGCGAAGUCGACAAAGACGACUCCGGCAACGACCACGACGACGUAGACAGGGCCUUGGACGACGAGAACAGGAAAGGUCGCAGAGAUGAAGAUGGAGAGAUUGACCUGAAGGGGAUGCCGAUGUCGAAGCUGCAGGACAUCAAGAAGGCCAUGGAGAUCCUGAACCUGAAUGUGAUGCACGACGGGCCUGCCAAGACGCCCGAGGAGGCCAUGCUCAAGCACUACCAGUUCUGGAACACCCAGCCAGUGCCACGCAUCGACGAGAAGCUGAGCACCAACGACGUGAACGAGCCGAUCGAGUCGGACAAGACGGCCGACGAGAUCCGGGAGCAGCCGUACUCGCUGCCCGGGGACUUUGCCUGGGACACGCUGGACAUCAACGACCCGGCCAUCCUGAAGGAGCUGUACCAGCUGCUGAACGAGAACUACGUCGAGGACGAUGACAACAUGUUUCGCUUCGACUAUGCCCCGGAGUUUCUGAAGUGGGCCCUUCAGCCUCCCGGCUGGACCAAGGACUGGCACUGUGGCGUGCGGGUCGUCAAGAGCCACAAGCUGGUGGGAUUCAUCAGUGCCGUGCCCGCCACCAUCCGCAUCUAUAACCACGUGCAGCGGAUGGCUGAGGUGAACUUCCUGUGUGUGCACAAGAAGCUGCGGUCAAAGCGGGUGGCCCCCGUGCUGAUCCGGGAGAUCACGCGCCGUGUCAACCGCCAGGGCAUCUUCCAGGCAGUCUACACCGCCGGCGUGGUGCUGCCUAAACCCAUCGGAACCUGCAGGUACUGGCAUCGGUCCCUAAAUCCGCGCAAGCUGAUCGACGUGCGUUUCUCUCACCUGAGUCGGAACAUGACCAUGCAGCGCACCUUGAAACUCUACAAGCUGCCAGAGAAGCCCAAGACGCCCGGGUUCCGGCAGUUCCGCAAGUCGGACACCACGCAGGCCCAUGCCCUUCUUGCCAACUACCUGACCAAGUUCGACCUGGCCCCCGUGUUUUCGGAGGACGAGUUCCGGCACUGGUUCCUGCCGCGCCUGGACAUUGUCGACAGCUACGUCGUGGAGGCGGAGGGUGAGGACGGGGCCAAGGUGCUGACGGACUUUGUGAGCUUCUACUCGCUGCCGUCGACGGUGAUGCACCACGCGGUGCACAAGGUGCUGCGUGCCGCCUACGCCUUCUACAGCGUGGCCACCUCAGUGCCCCUGGUGGAGCUCAUGCGGGAUGCCCUCGUCGUCACCAAGAACAACGGCUACGACGUGUUCAACGCCCUAGACCUCAUGGACAACAAGGAGUUCUUGGAGAAGCUCAAGUUCGGCAUCGGGGACGGCAACCUGCAGUACUACCUCUACAACUGGAGGUGCUCCGACAUGCCGCCCAACAAGAUUGGCCUGGUCCUGCAAUGACCCGGCGGAGGCUAGCGAUCCGGCCGGCCGGGCAGCGGCAGCGGCGCCACUACCAGCGCACGCAUCCACAUCUGUGAUAGCUGCGCCCUCCCCCUCUGCCCCCGCCCUCCCACUCGUCCCGAGAGGCCGUCCCCCCCACGAGUUACUUUCAACGCACCCCUCCUUGUUUCCCGCCCCGUCGCGAUGGUCCUUGCCGCGGCUGGAAUCUGUGGACGAAGUUCGGCCGCACCAACUUCCGAACGGCGUUGUUGCAAACACGGCACCGCCUCUGUCUGUAUUCUCGCGUUUCGUGUAUCUGCAAAAUUUGUUCUUCUCUUUUGAAACUGUGCAUUGGUGGGUACCCGGUGCUCUCGAAGCUGAAACUUUGCUGGGGGUGAAAAAUGUGCCGCUCUGUGCGCUACUUCUUUUUCUUUCUAAGUUUAUCUUUUUAUACACGUGCAAAGAGUCAAUUUGAACUGUUGGAAGUGUCUGUGCCGCAUGAAACAAAACGGCCACCACGGGGAACGCGUUUUAGCCAAGGGGGUCCCUUCCUCGUGUGGCGUUGGUAACAGAUCUUGCGAAGGGAAUAUUUUUGGAUUGCUCUAGCCGUUCGUCCGGAGGAUUUGGGCAGUUCUGCCGCGGUGGCCGUCACUAUCCUGCCUUUGUUGGUACGACUGGCGAGUCGUAGCACUGGGCGAGCGACUCUUGCAGUUAGUAAGGGCGGCGAAGACGUCGCGCAGUGGCCGAUGUCGCCUUACUGGUGUGUGCGUGCGAGCGUGUGUGCAUUCACUUUAAGCAGGUUAGGUUUGAUUUAUAUAAAUUGUGCUGCCCUUGGAGGCAGGGAGACUAAUCUAAUCUUACGAGCCAUUGCGCUAUCUAGCCUCCUCUUCAGACAUGUAUUUUGUCGGCGUGAAUGCGGAGUCUUUGUUGACCCACAGUGCCACAUUUGUUUCUGGUCUGCAAAACUCGUUUGGCUGUGGUACAAGUUUUCCGCAGCCUGUACGAAAGUCCCACGUAUCUCCAGGAGUGGCGUUUUCUUGUUUGGUCUGCUUUCACUUUGCAUUCAAUUACCGUUGGCGGGCAGUUGUCUUGCUUUGCAUUCUAUGGUUUGUACACCACUCUGGGAUUGGGAUGUGGCAAAUGGAUUACUUACUCAGUCUGACUACUCUUUCCAACGUUGUUCUAGGGGAUGCCACUUAAAUUAAAAAUUAAAUGCCACUUAAAUUAAGGGUUCCUUCUUGCAAAGUAAACAGCAAGCCAGUUGGAAGAGCUUGCUUCCAAUGAUUUUACCAGCUAAGUGUUUGAGUGAGGUUCUCAAGCUCUUUUGUGAGGGGACUGUAGGUAUGUAGACCUUUUUCCAGUAAGCUUCUGCAAGUAUGCACACCCCCUCCCCUGGCCUUUCUCCUCGCUGCCAUCAUUUUCGGAGGGCAAGGUUGCGGUCGUCCAACAUAUUCAUUUGCACAUAUUUUCUCUUCUUGGCUGAUACUUGUUUGAUCAAAACAACGGCAUGCUGCCAGUAUAUUCCUACGGGCGGAGGCAAGUUGCACUGCCCUUAAUUUGUAGUUCAAAGACAACUCUGCAGACGACGUUCGUUACUGGAAAAAGGUUCAUUGGCAUUUGAUGUCUUGCUUUCUGUUCUGACAAAGGUUCUUACUGUGCUCUGGCUUCAUUGGACUGUUGCCAGGUCCGUAGUUAGGCUCGUGGAAUUUGUGAUGACAACACUAACGCAAUCAGGAGGUCUUCCUUUGGUAUGUUUGUGUACAGGAACUAUAUUGCCAUAGUGUGCAAGUGGGGUUUUGCUUUUUUUUUUACACUGGAUGUGUGUGUGAGUUAACUGUUUGAGAAAAAUGGAGGUGCGCUAUAAUAUAUUGCCAAUGUAUGGGUCAUACUGUUUCAACUUCUGGGGGUUGGGCGGUCAGCCUGUUCUCUCCCUUUCUACACGAGAGCUGACUGCACGUGCUGCAUGCCCACUGGUAGACGUUUAGAAUGACUUUGGUACUGAAUACACUCAACUGAAGUUGGUUUGUGAGCAGAUCUAAAUAAAGAGUCCACUUUGA